AUGUCUCAUAUGUCUUUGAAUAUACGACAACCAAUUUUAAACGAACUUGAGUUUUUACGUACAAUUGGUUCUAAAAUAUUUCUCUUCCCUUUCAUAGGAAGAACAAAGUACCAAAUAUUUGGAUUUUACACAAUUAAAUUAUUAGUAAUAUGCACUACGGCUCAGUUAUUUCUAACAUUAUGCCACACGGGCUUUAGAGAUAUCUUUGAAAUUAUUAAUAUUGCACCAAAUUUAGGCGUAUGCGCAAUAUCCGCUAUAAAAUAUACGAAAAUCCAUACAAAUAGAAUAUUAUACGAUGAAAUAUUUUGUCAUUUUAAAGAUGAAUUAUGGGAUAUUGUGUCGAUCCAUUCAAAUGCACAUAUCAAAGUGUUGAAGAAAUAUAAAUUUAUAUCAAUGAUUGUUAAUAGAUUCAUAUUUUAUUAUUCAAUUCCACUUAUAAUAGUCGUCAAUUCAUUUCCAUAUCUUGUAAUGACGUAUGAGAAUAGGGUGCUCGGUGAAGAUUUGCAUUACCUUUAUCCCUUUGACGGCUGGUAUCCUUUUGACAAAGUGAAGUGGUACUGGGGCGCAUAUAUAUGGGAAAGUACUAUGACUGCCCUCGUUGUUUGUGUUUAUUUAUUCUCAAACAUGAUGCAAGCCACUUAUAUUUUAUUCAUUUGUAUGGAGUUAAAAAUCUUAGGACAUAGUCUAGAAGAAUUAAUCAGUACAGAGGACGUGACAACAUUAAAAAAGGGAAGACAUUUGAACGAUAUUCACAAAACAGUUUUAUAUCAGCUGAAAAUAAUUAUUAGAAGACACCAUCGUCUUGCAACGAUAUCCGCAUCUCUCGACAAAGUUUUAGGUGAUGCAAUGUUACUUAAUUAUUCUCUAGGAGCGAUAUUUAUUUGCCUUACUGCAUACACAUUUACGGUAGUAGAAGACUUUUAUCAGUCUGUGCGUUACUUCUCCUUCUUUAUGUCAUUACUCGUUGAGAGUUUUAAUCAAUGCAUAGUUGGGCAAGUAUUAAGUGACCACAGUGAAGACUUGACUGAGUCGAUCUACUCAGCAGACUGGCCGAAUGCAAGCCAAGAGGUGAAGAAAAUCAUGCUAAUGUUCAUGAUGCGGACUCAGAAACCGUUCAAGCUAACGGCUAAUGGUUACCUCGUCAUGAAUCUUAACACAUUUAGUGCUAUAUGCAGCACUUCUUAUCAAUUCUUCAAUUUGUUACGCACAGUUUACCCUUAG